GGAAAUCACUGUGUUUACUGGUACUGCUAUUCCACGUUAGCUUUAGUGUCUUUCCAUGCGAGGAGUGUGGACUCAAUACCGAGGAGUUAUCGUGCCAUUUGGUGACUUUUGUGUGUCUUUACGGUGUCGUUCCCGACAUCCCUUUCUCAAAUGUGAUGGUUUUGCGGGGGGCAGAAGACGUAGAAGUGUAGCAAUGACAAGCAGGCUAACGUAGCACUGUGACGGCUAACUUCUCUGCUCGGCCACAACAGCAGCUGCGGUCAUGGGAGCGGAGAGCAGCGCAGUGCGGAGCUGCACGCUGGAGGAGCCGCUGCUGACUCUGCCCUUCGGUCUCACCAUGCACCCCGCGGUGCUCCAGGACGGAAGGGCUGCCUCUGUAUUUGUGCACCAACGAGGCAACGAAGACAAAGUCAACAAAGCUGCCAAGCACCUGAAAACCUUGAGGCAUCCUUGCCUGCUGCGUUUCCUCUCCUGCUCGGUGCAGGACGGAGGCAUCCACCUGGUGACGGAGCGAGUGCAGCCUCUGGAGCUGCUGUUGGACAGUCUGUCCCCUGAGGAAAUCUGUGCAGGGAUCUACGACCUUUUGCAGGCCCUUGUCUUUCUACACGAGAGGGGCAAGUCAAGCCACAACAAUAUCUGCAUUACCUCUGUGUUUGUCAGUGAAGAUGGACACUGGAAACUGGGAGGCAUGGAGACUGUGUGUAAAUUUUCUGAAGCUACUCCUGAGUUUCUUAAAAGCAUCCAGAACGUCAGAGAGGCCAGCUGUGUUCCUCCUGAAGAGCAGGUCGAAGGCUUUAAAAUGCUUCCAGACAAACAUGCGCACGCUCGAGACAGUUACUCCUUCGGGGUAGUGAUCGAGACACUGGUUCCUCUGCUAAAUGGCUACGUCUCGGAGGAGCUGUCUGACAGUCUGACAAAGACCCUCCAGUCUGGCCUGCUGAACUCUGACCCCUUGUCUCGCCCUCCGCUCAGUUUGCUGCUGACUCAUGACUUUUUCAGGAACGACUUUCUGGAAGUGAUUAACUUUCUCAAGAGCCUCACCUUGAAGACGGAGGAGGAGAAAAACGAGUUCUUCAAGUUCCUUCUAGACAGAGUCCAGAAUCUGCCUGAAGAGCUCAUCGCUGCACGUCUAGUUCCUAAACUCCUCAACACUCUGGUGUUUGCUGAGCCCAUGGCAGUGAAAAGCUUUCUGCCUCAUCUUCUCCAACCAAAGAAGGAUUGCCGUGGCAGCGAGGAAUGUCUGCUGUCUGUCUCUCUUUAUCGCAAACACGUGGUCCCGCAACUCCUCAAGCUCUUCAAAGUCAAUGAGGAACAUGUGCGAAUGGUGCUACUGGCUCACAUCCAUGUCUUCGCCGAGUUCUUCUCUCACGAGGAACUGAAAGCUCAAAUCCUACCGCAGAUUUUGCUCGGGAUGCGAGACACUAGUGAUUCACUUGUGGCCAUGACCCUGCAAAGUUUAGCUGUGUUGGUGCCGGUACUGGGAGCUCAAGUUGUUGUUGGAGGAGAGAGAACCAAGGUCUUCAAACGCACCACACCAAACUUCAGUAAAUCUACUGAGGCCUCACCUGAAACAUCGCCAGUCCAUGUGGUGAGGAGCUCCUGUCCUCAGAUGGUGCAGCCUCCAAAGGUUCUAAAUGUAACGCCCAGGAGCGCAGUGGGAGGAGACUUGGUUCUUGCCAACAUGAACAGUUUAGUGGAGGGAAGGAAGAUCACGAGGGACGAGCCACUGCCGCCCACAUCAGCUCUCAAAGAACAUGCGUCAUUUUCUGUGAACCAUUACAAUGCUGACCCUGAGAGGGAGCGGUCAAAUGUUCCUGUGGAGGACUGGCCAGACUGGAGUGACCAGGAAGAGGCAGAAACCAGAGCCAGCCAGCCAGUCCAGAUCCAUAUUGAAAAUUCCUCUGAUUCCGUUGACCCACUCUGCAGCAGACUGUCGGCCCCGGGGCAGAACAUUGAGGAGGAGCCGUGGGACGAUUUUGAGGAACCGACCUCUGACCUGUCUCCCACCGCACCAUACUCCGACCCAGCUACUCUUGCACCCACAGGGGGCGCCACUGUGAAACAAGCCACCGCACCCUUGAGACUGGAAUCUUCUAAGCCACUAAAACAGAGCUCAGGGCCGCUCCAAUCACAGAGCAUAUCCACCCCAUCUUCAUGGGCACGAGAGGACUCUGAGAAGUCAAAGCCUGCUGUGACUCAUAAACAUGAAGGUCUGGGUGAAGAGUUCACCAUCAAAAUAAAGAGAAAAGCCGUGCAGGACCCCGAGCUGGAUCUCUUUGCCGACAUGGUGCCGGACAUCAAGUUGUCAUCUCCACCUCUUCUCCAGCUCGUAGAAGGCAGCACAAGAGGGGAAGGACAACCAACAACCUCAGAGACAACAAUGAAUGCUGUAGCACUCACUGCCAAGUUCGCCGCCACCAGUAUAACAGAAGCUGAGGGAGAUGGCUGGGGAGGUGAAGACCUGAACUGGGAGGAUGAGAGCGUCUGGUGACGGAGCCACUAGAGCCGAAUGACUUUCGUUCUUUCUCUUGCUGCAUUUUAUCUGGAGAAGGAAAAGAGCUAGUUAUUGUUCAUAUUUUAAUAUGAAGCCUUUUUUUGUUUUGUUUUUUUGCUAACCAACUGGUCUAUCACAGAAGAGUUCAGGUUCUUUUGGUGCCAAAAUCACUGCUGGUGUGAAGGUCCAUAUUUAUUCUUCAUUUUAUGUACAUGAGGUUUGCACUUGAAAUGAAUGUGUAAAGUGAAAGAGGUAAUUUAUUAGAAGAAAUAAAGAUUUUAUGGUACAA